AUUUAUUUAGAAUAAUAUCACGGCCAUCUUUCGAGAAAAGACGUGGAUAAAGAUAAGGGAUUAUUACUUGAAAACUUUUAAGAGUUCGUUCUGAGGACGUAAAAAGUGGGAAGAAAGUGAUCUUUGCUUAAGCACCAUGACAAUUUUGCCCAAAAAGAAGUCAACGCAAUCACGCUCGGAAUCCGAAUCUAAUACUGAUGGAUCCCCUCUUCAACAUCUCUCAGUUGGAAACAAUAGCCAUCUGACACAUAUUGGGCCAGUUCCUCAGGUUACAGAACCAUUGAAUGUGGCCAGACUCUCUGGAAGAACAUCAUCUAGCCAUACUCAUAGCCAUGGGCACAGUAGCCAGUCAUCAUCUCGAUAUGAAGAUUAUGAUCUGGAAAGUGGUCCUAGUCAAACAAAGAGAAGAAUGAGAGUUAGCCCUCACAGAGCGGUUCGUCCUAAGCACAGAGAUAGAAAUUCAUCAACAUCAGCCAUACCUAGCACUAGUUCUGCUAUACACAGUGUUGCUUCUUCAUCAAGCUCAGGGAGUUCUCCCACACCAAGUCACGCUGUGCCAGAAGCUUCAUCCUCCUAUCACGAAGAUGAAUCAGGAAGUGGAUACAACAGUGGGGAUGAAUAUGGCCCAGCUAGAUCUUCGUCUUCAAAUGUUCCUGUUUCUGAAGAAGAAUGGGAACAGAAGGAGAGAUGGUUCGAGAAAAAGAUGCGGAAGCGAGGUUAUAUUAUCAAACGCAUGGGUGAAGACGGAGCAUGCUUAUUCCGUGCCGUCUCAGACCAGAUUUACGGUGAUCAAGAAAUGCACUCAAUGGUUCGCAAACAUUGUAUGGACUAUAUCGAUGCCAAUGGAGACUACUUUUCGCAGUACAUGACUGAAGAUUUUGCCGCGUACGUGAGCAGAAAACGUUUGGAAAACGUACACGGGAAUCACAUCGAAAUGCAAGCUAUGAGCGAAAUGUACAAUAGACAUAUUGAAGUCUUCUGCUAUAGUGUUGAUCCCAUCAACAUUUUCCAUGGUAAACAUCAAACCGAUGAUGAACCCAUUCGAUUGUCCUAUCAUCGUGGAGUGCACUACAACAGCCUGGUUGAUCCGUACAAAGCAACUGUGGGAGUAGGCCUUGGUUUACCCGGAUUUGUUCCUGGUCAAGCUGAUAAGAAGUUAAUGGGAGAUGCUAUGAGGCAAAGUGAAGAAACACUAAUCGAACAAGCCAUGUUAGAAGAUAAGGUUAAAGCUACGGAUUGGGAAGCAACCAAUGAAGCUAUCGAAGAGCAAGUGGCCCGUGAAAGUUACCUUGACUGGCUCAGAGAAAAUGAGCGGCGAAGUCGGCAACAGCAGCGUACUGGUCAUUCGGCAACCACAUCUUCAAAUGCCUGCGAGCUUCGUUCACCCCGCACAACUGCGACGACGUCUUCUACUGCACGCAAUUCGCCAAAACCGUCCUUUGUAGAGCAUCAGCGAAAGUCCCCAAAUGCUUCUCCGAGAGCGUCAACGUCACGCAGCGUUACCACAUCUAGUAGUCGAGAUGGCUCUUCGACCAGCCCUAUCGCAUCGCCUGCUGCAGGAACAUCAAAUUCGGUCACGGUGAACUCGAGCAAACCUGAUUGGGGACUUGGCCCAGGUUUUGAAUUAGCUGAAACAGCUUCAUUUCUCGGACAGUUGCCACCCGAUAUGUUUGGUUUAGCGGAUUGGGAGGAUGCCGGACUUUUGGCUCAGGUGUUAGCGGCAUCUCAACAAGAGUAUCUGGAUAAGCUGAAAAAGGGCCGGGAACCUAUCGAUGAGACGAAAGAUAGUCCCAAAGAACAGCAAGAAGAAAAGCCGGUUGAUCAGAGUAGUCGCGACAGUAUGAUGGCAGAUCCAUCCAGCGACCUGACCACUGCGAACGGAACUAACAAUAGUUAACCCAGACUCAGUUGUUUUGUUUACGUACUGUCUUUCUUAUCUUUUUCCCCCGUCAGUCGCAGGGAGUUAAAGAGGCGUGUACCAGAGGAGGAGCCAAAAGAAAGGCAUUUUUUUCCAUGCAAAAUUGCUAAUCUUUGAUUCUUGCGGUCUACAUUUAGACCUGCAGUGACGUCUGACUGACACAAUUGGAUUGAACUUUCCCUCAUACUUGUCUCCUCCAGCGCCCAUGCUCGCAAACUGGCUGCCAAAUCAUGUAAAAAACAAAAAAAAAGGGAAUGUCAUCCGCGUUUGAAAUCCAGUGAAGCAAGAAAAAAAAUCACUUUAUAAAAAAAGUAAAUUGUAAUCAUUUGUUACACAGCUUUCCUGUCAAAAUAGCCGCAGAUGCCCCCCUUGCCCUGGUGCCUUUUGAGUAUCUUUCGUCGUGGUUUUCCAUUUCGUUUUGCGGAUGCUGGAACUAACUAACGUCUCCCCCGUACCUUGGCAGCAGCUGAUGUGAUGGCCAUAACUCGCACUAUUUUUUUCUCGUUUGUCACGUUUCUUCUGUUUUUGUUUUCGUUUAGCUUUUUCUGGUAGUUAUAAGAUAGAACCACGUCUAGCCAUUUCCGUCUGUUGAAAGCUAAAUCAUAUGUUUCCUUGUAUCACUGACCUCUUGGGCUUUUCAUGUGUUUGUUUUAAAUCUCUUUCUUCCCUGUUUCUGCUCUUGACACUAAACUUAGUGUCAAUGGGAAAGAAGAUCAACUGCUUUCUUCUUCAUAUCUCACCCGUGUACUGCAGAUAUAAAUCUAUUUGAUGAUGACGAAAAAUUUAAGAAAAUGAAAGAGACAACAAAAUUAAGCUAUAUGCAAAUAUAAUAAGGAAACUUACCGUCA